AUGGAUCCGAUAAAGUAUAUAUUUGAAAAGCCUGUUGUUACUGGUAGAAGUGCUCGGUGGAAAAUGAUGUUAACCAAAUAUGAUAUCCAGUACGUGACCCAAAAAUCAAUAAAGGGGAGUGUUAUGUCUGACUACCUUGCUCAUUUACCUGCAGAAGGUUAUCAACCAUUGAGGUUUGACUUUCCAGAUGAAGACAUCAUGUUUAUCAAAGAUUUCAUUAUUCCAGGUCACGAGGAAAACCCCGAACCAGGAUCGCAAUAUACGCCCGUGUUCGAUGGUGCUUCCAAUGCUCGUGGUCAUGGAAUAGACGCAGUUAUCACUUCUCCAAUUGGUUUGCACCUUUCAUUCACCGUUGGAUUAUGCUUUGACUGCACCAAUAAUAUGGCAGAAUAUGAGGCAUGUAUCUAUGGUAUAAAGACAACCAUCGACUUAAGGAUCAAGAUUCUUAAGGUAUACAGAGAUUCAGCUCUAGUAAUAAGUCAAUUAAAAGGUGAUUGGGAAACUCAGGAUAGCAAACGGAUACCUUAUAGAGAGUAUAUCAGAAAAUUGAUACCCUACUUUGAUGAAGUUUCUUUUUAUCAAAUUCUUAGGGAAGAGAAUCAGUUAGUAGAUGCUCUAGCUAAGUUGGCAUCCAUGUUUAAAGUCAAAUGGAAGAAUGAAGCACCUGCUAUCCAUAUUGACCACUUAGUUGAACUAGCAUAUUGUCUAGCAAUCGAGGCAGAUCCUGAUGAUAAUCCCUGGUUCUACGACAUAAAGACAUUUUUGGAGAAACAACAAUAUCUCGAAGUGAAAAUGAGUAGAAAGGUUGAUUCUGUGAAAGACAUCAAUGACUCAAAAGAAACUUGGCGUCUUGCUGUUCGAAUAAUGGAAAGAGGUCAUUAA